UUACAUUAGUGUACUGAGUUAAUGCUGUGACAUUAUGAUAGAGUGGGAGUUAUGGUUUUUGGAAGUGGUGUUAAUGAGUUGUUUCUCAAGUGCAGUAAUUUGCCUUUUUGUGCAACGAUGAAUCAUUUGAUUUUGUUUUUGUUUUUGUGGUUAUUUAAGUAAACAAUAAUUGAUGCGAAUAACUAAAGUUAUCACUGCACGAUAUAUAAACUGUCAUAUCUAGUUUCUGUUAUUGAUUGUCGCUAAGUCACAGAAUAGGACAUAAUAUAGAAGAUGAACUGUACAGGAACAGCGUCAGUGUAUGUUUUUUCAGUGUCACUGUGAUAUUUAUGAAACGAAAAACUUCUUCCUUUGGAACACACCCACGAAGGUGAAGGGCUUGCUAUCUAUCCAGUUCACGGUUAGCUGCAUUUCUGGUGCAAUAAAUUACUUGAUACAGGUUCCAAAGAAAGAAAUCCAAGAAAAUGGCUGCUCCAAAAUCCUUAGAUGACUUUAAUAAACUGUUAGAUACCUCAGAUACAAAAGUAAAACUAACUGUUACAAAUAACUUACUAGCCUACUUAUCAAACCCAGAAAACAGUUUAGAAUGUGAAGACAUCUGCCUUUUCAUGGAUGCAAUGGUACCCUGGAUGCAGUCAGGCAAUAGUAAGGUGUCACAGAACUCAAUUGAUGUUUUGACUAACUUUGCUGAUCGAAUGGGUACAGAUUUCAAACCGUAUUUGCAUAUGGUAAUAUCUCCUGUGGUUGACAGACUAGGAGACAACAAAGAAGUUGUGAGAGAGAAAGCUCAGCUUUUCCUUCUGAAACUUUUGGAGAGGGAAAUUACUUCACCGUAUUACUUGUUUGAGAAGUUGACAUCAGCAUUUUCUCACAAAAAUGCUAAAAUCCGAGAAGAAGUGUUAAUCUGUUUUCAGUCCGCACUGAGGGAGCAUGGACCUUCAAACCUUGGCUUGUCGAAACAUGUUCCAAGCAUUUUGAAACUUCUGCAUGAUCCACUUCCAUCCGUGAGAGAUGCAGCUUUUAAUACAUCGACUGAAAUAUAUCGACAUGUAGGGGAAAAAUUUCGACAAGAUAUCCAACAUCGCUGUAGUGCAAAAGAUAGAAAGAUUGCAACCCUUUUUUCGAAGUUUGACGAAAUAAAAAAUGAAGGUGGAUUGCUUGCCUCGGCCUGUGGAGCAGAAGAUUCUGCAAGGUCCUUUGAUGAACCUGAUGGAGAUGCUGGUGCUAUCCCGAAAUCUGGAAGACAGCGAUCUGCAAGUUUUUCAGUGAGGUCUGGAGUAGGCAAAGCAAUUUCACCAGGGCCGGGAUCUAAAACCAGGCGUUCGGCCUCCUUUCAACGUCAAUUGGUUACUGCGUCAUCUGCACCAGCAUCAGCAGGAGCCCUUGACGAGGAGCAUUUUGUGAAAGUUUUUGAGGAAGUUCAACCAGCCAAAAUUUUCACUGUGCGAGAAUUGGAAAAAGCCCUGACCAAAAUAACUGACAUCAUUAAUGAUCCAAAUAAUGAUUGGUCAAAACGUGUUGAGGCGUUGAAAAAACUACGAUCUGUUGUAAUGGCUCGAGCUGCUAAGCAUGAGGAAUUUUUCAAACACUUACGUUUAAUGGAGACACCAUUUUUAGGAGUUUUGAAAGAUCUGAGGUCACAGGUUGUGAGAGAAGCGUGCUGCACAAUAGCUUUUAUGUCUCAACAGCUAGGCUCAAAAUUUGACCACUUUGCAGAAAUUAUUCUUGGCAAUCUAAUUAAUCUGAUUCCAAAUUCAGCCAAGGUAAUAGCAACUGCUGGCCUAGUAACAGUACGCUUUCUCAUAAGGUACACUCACUCGCACAGACUGAUACCAGUGAUAAUAUCAAUUAUGCAAUCAAAAUCUAGGGAAAUCCGACGAGCAUGUUGUGAGUUUCUUGAAUUAAUUCUUCGUCUUUGGCCUGCUCAUAAACUUGAAAAACAGGUUGCAAACCUGCAACAAGCUCUGAGGAAAGGAAUGUAUGAUGCAGACAGUGAAGCUCGGCAGUGUUCCCGUAGGGCUUUCUGGCAUUUCCGGGGCCAUUUUCAUGAAAAUGCUGAGCAGAUAUUAAACUCACUGGAUAGUACACAUAAGAAAGCUCUUAAUCUUGAAAUGGGAAUGUUAAAUUCAAACAACUUCGUAGACCAGCAAACAGAAAGAGGAAGUAGGCUGGCAGCUGGAAGUGACUUUCCAAGAGGUCGAACUGUUGCAGAUGGAUCACCACGUCGAGGUUCAGCUCCUGGCCCUUCAGCACUCCGAUCUAAUAGUGCUAUUGAUCUGCAGGCAGCCCAACGUGCCAAGGCACGAGCACAGUAUGCUACUUCAGCUUGACAUAAAGUAGGAUGUGGGGCGUCUCUUCCUCGGCCAGGAAAGCAAGCUGCAGACUCAUCUGGCAUGUCCACAAGUGUCAUAACAUCUCCAGAAAGAUUGGGCAGAACAAGGAGUCGGAUGUCAAAUGUAUCUCAGUCCCAACCUACAAGCCGCUCAGGGUCUCCGUCUUCCAGACUAAGUUAUGCUACCUUUUCAAAUACAAACAGAGAAACAGGACAUGAUGGCAGACAACGUUGACCAUCCAGCAUCCCUCUCUCGACAGGACCUAGUCGUGAAGCUAGCAGAGAGACAUCGCCAAGUCGUUACUCUUUAAAUCUACUUGAUCGCUCAUUUGGCUCAAAAUUGAGAGGGAGGUCUGGACAUAUUGGCAAUGUGAGCGAUCGCCAAGGACAGUCCCGACCAGUGAUGGCCCAAAAAAUAUUACAACAGAGUCGGGAAGCUGAGUCUGCACUAGCUGAUGCCUUGGGUCCAGGAAAAUGGAGGUCAGAGAAAUGUGGUGAGAGCUGUGCAGUUGAAAUGGGAAAUAACAAAUAUAAUGUUGUUCAGAUAGUUAAGGUAACUGAAAUUUUUACCAAAAUGUUCAUGGACUCCCAUACAAAAGUAAGUUUAGACAUAUUAAUAUUUAACUUUGUCUUUCUUUUCAAUAAUAAAGAUCCACAUCUGAAAGAAAUAAUGGAAAGUCUCAUCAAAGCAUAUGAUAAUGAAGAAAGUUCUGUGAGGAAAUCUGCUGUAUUUUGUAUGGUAGAAUUACAUGGUAUUGUUGGAGAGGCAGUUUUGCAGCCGCAUUUAGCUAGCGGAAGCUGCUUCAAUUGCAUUUCAAACGAUCGCACCAUGGUGGGCUUGCUAUCUAUCCAGUUCACGGUUAGCUGCAUUUCUGGUGCAAUAAAUUACUUGAUACAGAAUUGA